GUUACCCUGGGCCUUCCUCACCCCCACGGCCUGUCCUUCAUUACAUCCAUCCUUCCUGGGUCGUCGCGGGUGGCCGCACGUGGCGAAGCCCCUUCCCCAGCCGGCACCCCCCACCCUGGCCGGCCCGUGUGCGCGAGCGCGACGGUGCCCGGGCCGCCGCCCGUCCGCAAUGGCGUUGGGGAGCAUAACGCGCCUCCCGGGGCCGCCUGCCGCCUGCAGGGCUCACGUGGGGGCCGAAGCGCAAGUGGAAGCGGCCGCCACCGCCGCCCUCGGCGCUGCACCGUGAGGAGCGGGUGGCGGGGCACCCAGCGGGACGGCGCGGAGUCUAGCCGCGGCCACUGUGGGGCUGAGGGGCACCUCCUAGGAGGGGGUGGGAGCCGCGGCGGCCCGACCCUCCUCGCCAGCGGUGGCUCCCGCUCGGAUGAACCUGUAGUCUUGCUUUGAAAAAGCCAUUUUGUGUAACUCUUGACUGUGAAUAAUUUCUUAAUACACCUGUUGGGACGAUCACUGACAGAGUAUGCCAUUUGAGAGGUACUUUUUCUUGACCAAAUACUGGUGAUUAGAGAAGAAAGUGCUUUUUUUAUUAUUAUUAUUAUUUGUUUGUUUUCUUUUUAAAUCAUUAUGAACAUUGGCUUUUCAUCCCUGGAGUAAAAAUGUUGAAAACAGAGUCUUCAGGUGAACGAACCACUCUCAGAAGUGCCUCUCCUCAUAGAAAUGCAUAUAGAACUGAGUUCCAGGCCCUGAAAAGUACCUUUGACAAACCCAAGUCAGAUGGGGAACAAAAACCAAAAGAAGGCGAUGGCUCACAGCAGAGCAGGGGGAGGAAAUAUGGCUCUAAUGUCAAUAGAAUUAAAAACUUAUUUAUGCAGAUGGGUAUGGAACCCAAUGAAAAUGCUGCAGUCAUUGCCAAAACAAGGGCGAAAGGUGGAUCUUCAUCUCCUCAGAGAAGGAUGAAGCCUAAAGAAUUUCUGGAGAAAACAGAUGGCUCAGUGGUCAAGUUGGAGUCCUCUGUCUCAGAACGAAUUAGUAGAUUUGACACAAUGUAUGAUGGCCCUUCAUAUUCUAAGUUCACAGAAACUCGGAAGAUGUUUGAGAGAAGUGUACAUGAAUCAGGACAAAACAACCGCUAUUCCCCAAAGAAAGAGAAAGCUGGAGGGAGUGAACCUCAGGAUGAAUGGGGUGGUUCCAAGUCCAACAGAGGCAGUACUGAUUCCUUGGAUAGCCUUAGCUCUCGGACAGAUGCUGUCUCCCCCACUGUGAGUCAACUGAGUGCAGUAUUUGAGAAUACAGACUCCCCCAGUGCCACUGUGUCAGAGAAGGCUGAAAACAGUGAAAAAUACUCAGUUACUGGGCAUUAUCCACUGAAUUUGUCACCUACAGUUACGAUUCUUGACACUUUUGGUCACCUUAAGGAUUCUAAUUCUUGGUCUCCUUCAAAGAAACAAGGUACUAAUGCAGAGGAUGCUCAGAAGAGCAAUACAACUCCAGGAACAGAAGUGGCUUCUAAAAGUACCUCUCUAGCUUCAAUGCCUAGUGAAGACAUACAGCAGAGCAAGGAAACUGAGGUCUCAACUUCUAACCAAGAGACUCCUGACAGUAUUGGCAAAGACAUCCCUAAAGAAUCUUUUGCAGAAAAUAAGGCAUCAUUAGAGUCUGAAAUCCCUUCGCCACAAAAUGAACCUUUAGGAGAUGCUGAAGCUAAUUUAGUUGGGAGUGAGGCAGCAAAGCAACAGAGAAAAGAACUUGCAGGUGGUGAUUUCACCUCUGGUGAUAUUUCUGGAUCCAGUUAUGGAAAGGAAGUACCUGAAGAUUCAAAUAAUUUUGAGAGUUCCCAUGUUUACAUGCACAGUGACUAUAAUGUAUACAGGGUAAGAUCCAGGUAUAAUUCAGACUGGGGAGAGACAGGCACUGAACAGGGUGAGCAGGAGGAUAGUGAUGAAAACAAUUACUAUCAACCUGAUAUGGAAUACUCAGAAAUUGUUGGAUUGCCAGAAGAAGAAGAUAUCCCAGCAAAUAGAAAAAUUAAGUUUAGUAGUGCUCCAAUUAAGGUUUUCAACACAUACUCCAAUGAAGACUAUGACCGAAGAAAUGAUGAAGUUGACCCUGUGGCUGCUUCAGCUGAGUAUGAACUUGAAAAGCGUGUAGAAAAACUGGAACUUUUCCCAGUGGAACUAGAGAAAGAUGAGGAUGGACUUGGUAUAAGUAUUAUUGGAAUGGGUGUUGGAGCAGAUGCUGGACUUGAAAAGCUUGGAAUAUUUGUCAAGACAGUGACGGAAGGUGGUGCUGCUCAGCGAGAUGGCAGAAUACAAGUCAAUGACCAGAUUGUGGAAGUGGAUGGAAUCAGCUUGGUGGGUGUUACACAGAAUUUUGCUGCAACUGUUCUCAGAAACACCAAAGGCAACGUGAGAUUCAUUAUUGGGCGAGAAAAGCCAGGACAAGUGAGCGAGGUUGCCCAGUUGAUAAGCCAGACCCUCGAACAAGAAAGACGCCAGAGAGAGCUGCUCGAGCAGCACUAUGCCCAGUAUGAUGCUGAUGACGAUGAGAACACUGUGACUGAAUUGCAAGGAGUCUCUGGAAACUGCAAUAACAAUAACAACUAUUUCCUUAAGACAGGGGAAUAUGCCACAGAUGAGGAGGAGGACGAGGUAGGACCUGUUCUUCCUGGCAGUGAUAUGGCCAUUGAAGUCUUUGAGCUGCCUGAGAAUGAGGACAUGUUUUCCCCAUCAGACCUGGACACAAGCAAGCUUAGUCACAAAUUCAAAGAGUUGCAAAUCAAGCAUGCAGUAACUGAAGCUGAGAUUCAAAAAUUGAAGAGCAAGCUGCAAGCAGCAGAAAAUGAGAAAGUGAGAUGGGAACUAGAGAAAAACCAACUCCAACAGAACAUAGAAGAGAAUAAAGAAAGAAUGGUGAAGUUGGAGAGCUACUGGAUUGAGGCUCAAACAUUAUGCCACACGGUGAAUGAACACCUCAAAGAAACUCAAAGCCAGUACCAAGCACUGGAAAAGAAAUACAACAAGGCAAAGAAAUUGAUAAAGGAUUUUCAACAAAAAGAACUUGAUUUCAUCAAAAGACAGGAAGCAGAAAGAAAGAAAAUAGAAGAUUUGGAAAAAGCUCAUCUUGUGGAAGUUCAAGGCUUACAAGUGCGGAUUAGAGAUUUGGAGGCUGAGGUGUUCAGACUACUGAAGCAAAAUGGGACCCAAGUUAACAAUAACAACAACAUUUUUGAGAGAAGAACAUCUCUUGGUGAAGUCCCUAAAGGAGAUACCAUGGAGAACUUGGAUGUCAAGCAGAUGACUUGUCAAGAUGGCUUAAGUCAAGACUUGAAUGAAGCAAUCCCAGAAACAGAGCGGCUGGAUUCAAAAGCACUGAAAACUCGAGCCCAGCUCUCUGUGAAGAACAAACGUCAGAGGCCCUCUAGGACAAGACUCUAUGACAGUGUCAGUUCAACAGAUGGGGAGGACAGUCUAGAGCGAAAGCCUUCAAACAGUUUCUAUAACCACUUGCAUAUUCCUAAAUCACUUCUGCCCAAGGGUUUGAGAACUUCUUCUCCAGAGUCAGAUUCUGGUACACCACCCCUCACCCCUGUGGCUAGCAGUGCACCUUUCUCAUCUGACCACAUAGCUGAAUUUCAAGAAGGACCACUGCACCCUGAAAGGGGGCCUUUCUCCUCUAUUUGGGGAGACACUUCACUCUCCUCUCCUUCAAAAUCUGAUCACAAUAUGGAAGAAUCUGCUUGCAACCAUCCAGCUACCACCAAGGAAAUAUUACAAGAAAAAGAUAAGAGAAACCACCUCUCCUUGUCCCCACUCCCAUUUUUUAUAGGUUUCAUACCAGAUGGUGCCAAAGUUCCCAAAUCACUAAGAUCAUCCAGUUCAUUGGUGGUGCAAGGAGGACAAGUUAAGCAGAAGUUUGUGGAUCUGGGGACACAUUUGCAAAAAAAUUCCAGCAAGGAAAAGAAAUGGAAAGAAAAGGAAAAAGAAGCCAAUAGGUUUUCUCCAGGUAGCAGGAUCUUCAGAAGCAAGCUGGAAAACUGGAAAUCCAAGCCAUCCUCCGCAGCUCAGGCUUCCAUUCUCUCGCCUUGCAUGCCUUUCUCAUGGUUUAAUGAAAACAGAAAAGGAUCCUAUUCCUUCAGGAACCUGCCUUCACCUACAAGUCCCCUUCAGCCUUCUUCUGAGACUCUAAUUUCAGAUAAACAGGGGUCCAAGAAUUUUACCUUCAAUGAUGACUUUAGUCCCAGCAGUACCAGUUCAGCAGACCUGAGUGGCCUCGGAGCAGAGCCCAGAACACCAGGGCUCUCUCAGUCCUUAGCACUGUCUUCAGAUGAGAGCCUGGAUAUGAUAGAUGACGAGAUCCUUGAUGAUGGACAGUCUCCCAAACACAGUCAGUGUCAGAAUCGGGCCGUUCAUGAAUGGAGUGUGCAGCAGGUUUCUCACUGGUUAAUGAGCCUAAAUCUGGAGCAGUAUGUAUCUGAAUUCAGUGCCCAAAACAUCACUGGAGAGCAACUCCUGCAGUUGGAUGGCAAUAAACUUAAGGCUCUUGGAAUGACAUCGCCCCAGGACCGAGCAGUUGUCAAAAAAAAACUCAAGGAAAUGAAGCUGUCUUUAGAGAAGGCUCGGAAGGCUCAAGAGAAAAUGGAAAAACAAAGAGAAAAGCUGAGGAAGAAGGAACAAGAGCAAAUGCAAAGGAAAUCCAAAAAGACAGAAAAGACUACUUCAGAUGUUACAGAGGGUAUUGGUGAGCAGUAACACACAAACAGCCCUGCAGGCAGUGGGGUGGGAGUGAGGGCCCAAGAGAAGCCCCCACCUUUUCCUGCCCUGCUCUGCUCCGGAGAAUGAAAAAACUGAGGACGGGGGUAAUGCUGCUCUAGGCAUAUUGAGGAACUGUGUACUGAGUAACUGCAUUUUCUGCAAUAAUUGAGUACACUUUUAAUUUUAACCUUUGGAAAUAAUCCCAAGCCACCUUUGGUUAAUUAACAAACCAGGGAUCUCAUCUGUGAGAGAUGCAAAGUAGCUGUGUUUCUCUCUUCUCUCAUUUACCAACAUCUUGUGUUGUGACGGGUGUGUUGUGUCACUUGGAGAACCAACGUGACCCCACCCAACAAGACCGUGAUCCCCCAGUGCUGUUAAUGGAGCACCAUGAAUUUUCAGUAUGAGAAACUGGGUAAUUACACAGAUAUGCAUGGCAAAAAGUAUCACUCUGCCAUGAGAUCUGGGAUCAAUACUUCUACGGCUAUGAAAUCUGCUCCCAUGAGUGGGAAAGGUUCCCCUUCAUCUCCGUGUCUGUACGGUGAGACAACAUCACCCUGGAAACGUAGUACUUUGCCACGUAACUGCUGUAGGAAAAGGCAAGUGAGCUGUUCUGCUUUGCUGGGCAUCAGAAAGACAGAAAAGAAUUACAUGUGUUUGUCAUUCCCAGAAGGAAGCAAAAGCCUUAAAAAUUUGGAUGUGUUCCAAGGGUAAAAUGUAUCCUCCAGAUACAGCUGAACAAAGAGAAAAUCAGACAUUAAUGUAGCCAUCGGGUAAUAGGAUCUCAGUGUACUUUGCUACUGCUCCAUGUUCAGUAUUUCAAUGGUACUGACACGCACAAUAUAGCCCUCACCCCCACCCCCAACAAAUUCUGACAAGUAAAUUGAUUUUUAAGGAAACCAGCAUUCUCGGUUUCCUCUCCUGGGGAACAUUCUGGCUGGCCUUCAGCCUUGCUAUGCCACAAUCAGGAACUCGUUACGUGUAUUCUGCUCAAGAUUUCCCAGGUGGGUUCAGUUAGUGUUUUAACAAAUGUACCUUUAAGAAAAAUAGAAAUACCAGUUAGAGAAAAUUUAGAUUUGAGUAACAUUCAACCAGAGAACCAAUUUUUUUGAGCACACAGAAUGUUCCGUAAAGGAGAGCUGUCAGUUACAAUUUAGAGAUAUUUUAAAUGGUUUCUAAGUCAUUAUUUUCUGUACUUUAGAAUUUCUACUUUUCAGUUAAAGUUUGUUUAAAGCAAUAUAUAAGAUACAGUUUGGCAGUGGAGGAGGUUAUAUUUAUUUUAAAACCAGUAUUAAGGAUUUCAGUAUUUCACCUAAUUUAUUCAAGUGCAGGAAACUGGGACAGAAGGAAGAAAAAAUAAACUCGAGAAAUUUCAAGUGAUGGGUUUUUGCUUUUUGUGCUCCUAUAUCUGGUUGUCUUUGAUACAUUGGCUCUAAAAGUGAGGUCAUCCAUUGACAUUUCCAAGUGACAAGUUUCAAAAUAAGACUUGAGGCAGUAUAAAUUCUUGGACAGGUAUCUUCCUUCACCAAAUAGGGGUCUCUGCUCUGUUCCUAGCACGGUCGAUACCUUCCACUGGGUGUGUUAUAUACACAGAGCUUGGAGAUUACAAAUAAGAGAUAAUUUUAGGGGGCUCUUACCCAUAUAGCCUCUUCUCACAUUUUAAACAUUGUGGGGUUUUUUGUGUUUGUUUUGUUUUGUUUUGUUGGCUUGUCUGAAUAUGUGAGUUCUGGAAUUAUCUAAACUAGAAAUUUAUAAUCCUGUCCUUUCUCCAAGGCCUGUUUUCUUUUCAGUGCCAGAGUAACAGAGCUAAGCUUCAGUUCUUUUGUUGUGAGGUACAGAUCAUUCUUUCAGUCCUCAGAAACGCUGACGUAAAGUAACAUUGAAUUUUACAGUUAUCAAAGCCCCAAAGUAAGUUUGUCUCUACAUUUGGGGUAUGAUGAUUAAACUGCCAUAUAGGAUAUCCUGUUUAAUAUCUUGAGAUGCCUGGUGCUUUGCUAUUUAUUAAUACCAGGAGAAACAAGAAACAUUAUUAAUGAACUACAAAAUUUGGCAAGCCUUUUCUAGUACUAAAAGACGAGUUUAGUCAAGAUCUGGUAAUACUAGUGUUUGCUAUUGUAAAUUUUUGCCCUUUUUUGCUUUUCUUUGAAGAAAAUGACCUGGAUCACACACUGGAAAUUUCAUUGUAUUCAUUUCAAGAGUGGAAAUAGAAGUUGGGUGAUUAUCUUAAGUUAUGUUUACAUUUUGGUAAUAUUUGAAAAUGGAUGUAUAUACUAGAAAUGUCUAUAGGUCUCUGUCUCUGCACAUAACUUAUGAUCUAUUAUAUUGCAUUUUCUUAAAUGUCUUAAAAGGGUUGUUGUUCUGCAUUAUAACGUUAUUUUUAAAUUUUCAAUGUUUAAAUCAAUGUCCAGCUGACAUUGUUGUAAAUCAAAUUCUUAUGUCUCAAGUCAUUUCGUUUAUAUUAUAAUUUUUGAUUUUCUUAAAGUUAAAUUAUAGUAAUUUUAGGUCUCAGUGAGUUAUGUUAACAUUGCUACAUAUAAUUGCUGAAUUUGUAAAAGGCACUUAAUUUGAUUGUCCAACAAAGCUAAGAUGUAAAUUGCACCAUAGAAGGAUAUGAAAAGAAAGUGAAGGAUCUCAGAUCUUAUGAGCAUUUUUUUUCCUAUUAUUUCUUUUGACUUUAAUGCAUGAUGCCUAAUUGGGUUCCAGUGUCUUGCACAACUCCUACUUUAAUGCUAGAAGCUUUUAGUCUCCAUAUAGUUCAACACAGAAUUAUUGGUUCAUGAAUCUUUGCAGUUUUUUUUUUUUAAUUGUCAGAAAAUGAAUAAAAAGGGGAUUUCUGGUCAUCAUGAGCUAUAUUCCUAAAUGACAGCUCGGUACGACACUAAGAACAGCCGAACGUCUUUCUGAGUUAGGUAAUGCUUUGGUUUGGGUAGUAGGGAGAGGAUGCAUGGGAAUCAAAACAGAGAACACUGUAUGCACUAAAUAUCUGGGUCAGGAUUUGCCAUUAAGAGACAUUAGUUUUCUAACAGGUUACUUGGUUUAAGACCCUCUCUUUUGAAGUAACUCACAGUUUAUGUAAUACUUUUCUCAUCCCUCUUUGCCUGAAUCAGAAGUUUACUUCUGGGUGAUAAGUCAGAAACCUAAUUUUGCCCUUUUUGACACACUGAUGAAGUCCACCUUUUGUUUUAUGACAAUAAAAUUGUUCGGCGUCUAGCAUUAUUUAGCUGGGGUUGACAUUGAUUCCCCACUGCCAGUAUCGCAUAAGCAUUUUUAACUCACAUCAGUUCCUGAUUGCAGUAUGACAGGUGCUGAUGCCAAACUCAACUUUCAGCAGAAGUGAAAUGGGAACAUCUGUAGUGUUACUCUGUUGUUUUUGUUGUUGGAAACAAAGUGGCAAGGGGACAAGAGAGGAACCAAAUUAACCCUUGCCACUUCCUGUGAUCCUACAAUCAUCUCUAGCCUAAAAUCUUAAAUUAGCCCAGGCCCAAGCUAGAAAAUGGUCAGAGGUUGUUUGAUCCAGUACCUCAGUUUUUAUGGUUUUCAGGUGAAGACAAAGUAUUCUUAUCUAGGGUUCUUUGUGCAAUAGGAUUUAACAUGAAGUUUAAAAAUGUGUAAAAGAAGGUAAAUGAAAUUUUGCAUUUAUAUGGAGAUUGUAACUUAUUUAUGUGUUAAAGUUUCUAUAGACCAAGCUUCAAGAGAAGAAACCUGAUUUUUAACGAUAGUGUUCAAUAAAGUUUAAAGUGAAUUUUCCCAACAAUUCUAAAAGAAUUGUCUAUACUUUUGAUAUGUUGUAGCCCCCACCCCCACCCCCUCACUUUUCACUGAGAUAUUUAAGAAAUACCAAAUUCCAUUUGAAUAACCAAAGGUACUGUUCCAGUAGAACUGCAGAUCAGGGGCAUUUCACUUCGGUGGAAAGUGGCCUCCAGGGUUCAUGUCACCUAGUUAAUGCUAAAACCUUAGUGCUUUUGAGAAGAAAAAGUAAAAUUUAUCUCUCUCCAAAUUUACCUUUAAUCAAAGAUCUAGCUGUACAGUAUUCUAAAGCUAAGCAUUUAAGGAUGAGGUUCAGAAUUAAAAUGUAUAUAUAUUCUACUAGGUUUUCAUUAUAAUGUGAAGGGGGGUUAAUUCUCAAAAGAAAUCAAUGUUGCAAGAAAUCUGAAUGUGUUUCAGUAAUUCACCCCUGAAAAUCAGCCUGGGUAUGUAGGCAGAUUUUGUUUGCAUCUGUCUUGGGUAUUUAAAGUCUCAGGAAAUUUAGUCUUGGUCCAAAACACUGGGGACAAAAUAACACCAGACAAAACAUGUUUGAAUAACUUGAAGUAGCAACUUGGAGUAGGCCCAACAGAAAAGUUAGAGGACAAAGAAAAAGCCUACGGAAUCAGUUUCCCCCUGGAAAAUGAAACCAUCAAAUUCUAUCUUACAGUAGACAAAGGGUCCCUGCAUGCCUGUGUGUGGGUAUUUGUGUGGGUGUGUCGAGGGGUUGGUUGUUACUUGAAGGCUCACAUAUGUGAGCAUGUGGAACAAGCAUAGCACAUGACCUGCUUCCAGAUCCUCAGAGGGAAAGGAAAGCAGCAUGAUGACUUCCAAUCUUUGGCCCUACCCGAACCUCAGAAUUGCUAGGAAUUCAAGGAUGAACAAGAGGUAAGGAAUAAGAGAAACAGACAAACUUGUUAAUAAUGUGCAUGCCACUUAUGUAGAUGUAUAGAACUACAUACGUGUGAAUAUAUCACCCACCAUGCGCACACACACACCAACACACACAGCAAUCACAUGACAUAAAAAAAGGAGGACUCUAUAUGGAGCUUGGAAAAAAAAAGAAAUACCGUAUUUGGAACUUGGUAAUGUCAGUUAUGACCCAGAGCUGUAGUCAUAGCCUUAUUGCUACUUUUUGUGUUGUGUAUACAUUGAAUGGCUCAUGAGAUUUUUAAAAGAUUUUUUUAAUGCAAGUAUUUCUACUAAAUGCACUUAUCCUUCUACAUGUUUAUAUAUUUUGGUAAAAUUGGUUCACUAAAUACUUGGUAUUUUAGAAAGAUAAAAUUUCUUCAAAUGUUUGGUUUAAUGCUUUGACAUCAAGAUUGCACAUUGCUGAGUUGGAGCUCAGAAGACGUUUAUGCAGCUUUGGGCAUUUUCAACUGCAGACUGUAGUUUUCUUGGCUAAAAAAUUGCACUUCUUUAUUCUUGUGCAUUUGCUCACACUUCUGAAAUGCGUAUGUGAUAGCUGUGAUGCCUAAAUCAUAAUUACUGGCUCUCUGAUGGCAGCGUUGCCAUCACCUGACCAUUUAUUUACUUCUUGUGUCCAGUGAUGGCAUGGUUAGAUUAUCGCCAAAAAUAAUGCAAAUGGAUGUGAGCAUGACUAUGUUGUUGGAAGGUGUACACUCCUAUUUUUUUCAGCUAUUUUAUUCAUAGACUCAGGUUUUCUGUUAAAGAUUUAAUCAUUCAUUCAUGAAAGAACAAUUGGCCAAAAAUAAAUUGCCUUAAAAUGUGAGAAUUAAGAGGCACUCCAGCUAGAUUAACACCUCCCAACAACAUCAAAUUUAGUUAGUGCUUAGUGAAAUCCUUAAAAUAUAUAUGUCGAUAUUUUCCUUAAUAUUAUUUGAUGUCAUAACUACUGUUUUUGUAUUUUUUAAUGGUAUUGCAAUUAAACCACUAGUUUACCUGCUACACGUUACUAACAAAAUUGGGCAGCUGGGGGGAAAAAGAGGAUGAAUUCCAUUCCACUGUCAGAAGUUGAUUUAUUUUCACUUUUCUUUAUAUAUCAAUAAAGGAAAAAGUUGUUUGAAAGUAAUUUUAAGUCCAGUAAGUAUGAGUAGCAUGUUAUCUGAAACUUUUAAUUUGUACAUUUUGAUGUCUCAUCAUUUGCAUGGAAGAGACAAUAGUGCCAUGUCAAAAUUGUUCUCUUGUGCUUGGUUAAUAUAUACUUCUCUAGAUUGUUCCGUUUCAAAUGACAUUCCUUCCUCUUUUGUUUUCAGAGGCAUUCAAAGCAAAAUAUCACAAAGGUCUCUUGUUUUCUGACCAAUCUAAAAAUACCUGUGAUUAAAUUUAAUUUGUCAGUGUAAAUAAAUUUCUUGCCAGUGAGUAUUAUUGUUGUUAGACAACGAAUGCAAUAAAAAAAAGAAAUACU